GGGACGAAGGGGAAGGAGGUCCGAACCACCUGGAUCGUCACAGCCGCAAGACCGCCACCGCCACCACAAAGUAACCGCAGCACGCGUGUCAAAUGGAUUGAGGAGUUCCAUUCCACCAUGAACCCCAACGCGGACUCCCCCUGCGACACCAGCCCCUUUCUCAUCUGCAGCAACUGUCAGAAAGUCAUCGCAAAGCAGGAGAAGGGGAUGAAAGUCAGACGGCCUCGCACCAGCGGCCCCAGUGCCUUCAUUCCAGAAAACGAGAUCAUGGAGGUCACAGCAGACGACAGCCACACUAUCAUGGUCCUGGCUGAGGAGUACUCAACCAGUGGGCGCGUGGACCACCUGACCCAGGUGAUGGGACUGCACCCGCACUACCUGGAGUCCUUCCUGGAGAGCCAGUUCUACCUGCUGCGGAUGGACGGCCCCCUACCCUUGCACUACCGCCACUACAUUGCCAUUUUGGCUGCUGCUCGACACCAGUGCUCCUUCCUGGUGAAGAUGCAUGCUCAGGAGUUCUACCAGAUGGGCGUGUGUUUGGAGUGGCUGAAGGGAGUGCAAUACGCCCCCCAGAGGUUGAAGAAUCUCAACGAGAUCAACAAGAUUCUUGCACACAGACCCUGGCUCAUCACCAAGGAGCAUAUACAAAAACUGGUGAAGACAGGAGAGAACAGCUGGUCUCUGGCAGAGCUGGUCCAUGCGGUGGUCCUGCUGGCCCACUUCCACGCCUUGUCCAGCUUUGUUCUUGGCAGCGGCGUCAACCCGGAGUCAGACGGUGAGAGAGCUGACGCCUUUGAGGACAUGGGUGUGAACAACCAGUGUGCCUGCGACCUGGCCAACGACAACAGCCUGCAGGAGGGGGCACUCGGCGACAGCAGCACUGGGAUGGUGGACUCCGUGAGUGAGCUGGAGGCCCUGAUGGAGCGGCUGAAGAGGCUGCAGGAGGAGCGUGAGGAGGAGGAGGCUUCACAGGAGGAGAUGGCCACUCGGUUCGAGAAGGAGAAGAAGGAGAGCCUUCUAGUUGGCUCCGGAGGUUUUGAAGACGAAAUGGUGCCCACGUCUCAGGUAUCUCGCUUCGUGGAGGACGCCACCUUCGGGUACAAAGACUUCGCCCGACACGGGGAGGACAACCCCCCAACGUUCUGCACUCAGGAUUUCUCCUGGGAGGUGCACGGCUUCUCUCUGGUCCAUCGGCUCUACUCGGACAUCGGCCUGCUCCUGGAUAAGAAGUUCCGCACGGUGUACAACCUCACCUAUUACAACAUGGCGAGCCACGAGGACGUGGACACGAGCAUGCUGCGCCGGGCUCUCUUCAACUACGUCCACUGCAUGUACGGCAUCAGGUAUGAUGACUAUGAUUAUGGGGAGGUGAACCAGCUCCUGGAGCGCAGCCUGAAGGUUUACAUCAAGACGGUGACCUGCUACCCGGAGCGUACAACACGGCGCAUGUACGACAGCUUCUGGCGUCAGUUUCGCCACUCCGAGAAGGUUCACGUGAAUCUCAUCCUGAUGGAGGCCCGGAUGCAGGCGGAGCUGCUUUAUGCACUGCGAGCCAUCACCCGCUACAUGACCUGAGUCGCCCGUUCCCUUCCUCUCCGCCCAACCACCAGGGGGCGCUCCUGUGGGGGGGGUGGGGGGGUUGUCCUUGGAGAGAUGGAAAAGAUGUCCGCGUAUUAUCCCAACCACAUCGGCCAUCCUCUCCCUGCCUUAGUGUCAGUGUUGUGCCUUGAGAUUUGUGCAGUUUCACCAGCCCCUCCUGCUGCUCAAAGUCCCCAAAAAUACCCCUUUUUUCCCAUGUUCACUAAACUGGGGAGGGGGGCAUCCCCUGUUUCGAUGACCCCUCCUCCAAUUUUUUUUUAUUUUUUAUUUUUUUUAUUUUAAAAAUAACGUACCAUCAAAAAGCAAGAUUUUGGACCGGAGAGGAUGGAAAUUUCCUUCGAUAGCCUUCACGAGGCCAUUCUCAUGUUCUGGUGGGGCUGCUUAAUGUGAAUGGGCGGUGACUUUAUAUGCUAAUUAUUACAAAUGCACUCUUGACAAUGUGAACGCUUUUCCUGGAUGGGGGGGACAAAAGCUGCGUUGUGUACGACACGUUUGCUCCUUUACAGAAAGUGUAUCGGGCGAGAUUUAUUGCUUGCCAGCACCAAGACUGAACACCCUGGGUCUCCGUAGGGAUGGGGGGGGGGGGGCUGCUGUCCGCACACCUCCACCUUUUCACUUGCGAGCACCGGGUCCGAGAGAUCAGUGGAAAAAAGGAGGAUGGGAGCAGACUGGAACCGUUCAUUUAGAAAGCAUCUAAUGGGGCUCCUUCAAAAUGUGGAUGGACCCAUUGGUAGAUCCUCUACCCUGAAUGACCUGCUUAUUGUCCAAACCACACCACAAUGCCUUUGUUACCCCAGGCUUUACCCCCCCCCGGGGGUGUUAGUCUGUACCUCUGUGGGUUCUGUGCCCACUUGUGAUGCCUCUUGUGCUAAAGCACCUCUCAGUGUAAAAACAUGGCAUAUCCCAGAAAGGCCUUUGCUUGGACCAGGGCGGCCUCGUUCCGCAUCCCGGACGCCUCCGACUCGGCCGAGCAGCUCCGUCCGCGGGAUGUCUCGCCUGGGGAUAUCGCCGGACAAUCCUUCCAAGUGCAAUAUUUCAUCUCCUCUGUUUUGUGUUGAGCUUUACAGCCAGGAAAACUGCAUUCGCACAUGAACCACACCGACAGUCCUAAUGAGCUGCACAAGUAUUUGUAUAGUAUUCACGUAUUCCAAGACUUUUGCAAAUCUUCUCAAAUUUCAGGACGUGGAAAAAACUUUUUCGUUUACUCAAUAUUGGUGACUCCCAAAUAGUAUGAUUGUACAUGUAUGAAAUAGAUCAGCGGUUUCCUCCCUUUCCUGAAGGUUGACCUCUGCAUAUGUGUGACGAUCAAAAUUAAUGCACCUAUUUUCUUUGACCUUGAAAAACUUGUCCAACAGUAAUGAAUUUCAGCCAGUAUCAUUUAUUGAAUGUGCAUCUGCUGCGAUUAACGCUAAUUUCCCGAGAAGUUCACAGUGGCUGUCAAAAAGCGACAUUUAAGUUUGUUUUUUUUUUUUUUUUUUUUUUCUUCCCCAUCAAAACCCACAUACCAGCUUUUAAAAGAAAAAUAUUUUCCACUUUUAGAUGCAGUUUGGAUUUGAAAGUUCUUGUCACCUUAGCUUUGCUUAAUUUUUAUGUAAAGAAUGUAUAUAUUUCUACUGAUAAGUAUAUAAAAAAAAAAAACAUUUUUUGAGGAUGAAUCCAAUACUUUUUAUUCUUUAUUCUUUAGAUGUUUACUAGGAAUGCAGUGUGUAGCGUGCCAUAUAUCGAGAGCGUCACAAAUUACUGUACUUUUAUUUGGGGGAUUUUUUUUUUUUUGUAGACCUUUUUAUUUCUCAGUAUUACCACACUGCUCUGCGUUAUACUUGCUCUUUUUAGGCAACUGUGUUCCGGUCGUGCUGUUACCGGGCUCGCCCGUGCUCUCGGUUACUGUACUGUGUAGGCUGUGUAUUUACCACAGAGCCCGAGAUGACGGUGAGCGUCUCGCAGUUUUUGCGCUGGAAGACUGAUCUGUGCAACUUGAAUAAGCUACAUGUUCUGGUUUCAUAUCGGGAAAGGCGUGUCUCCGGGAUCCAGGUUCGAGACGCUCUGCACUAACCUCCUAUAUGAGCAUAGCGAGCCUGUCGGAUCCGCUGGUGUCCAACAGGACCUCGGAGCCCCAGGUUCACAUCCCGUCCAGCAGCCUCAAGGUCCCUAGGGGUCCAGACAAUCUCUUCUAGACAGAAGUACUGAGUGUCCAACAAGUGUCCCCUUUCUAAAAAUGAAUUCCCUCAGAAAACAAAUAUGUGAAGGGAUUGUUUCUUUAAUUUAGAGUUCAAAAACAUUUUUGGUUGUGAUUUGCCUUUGCCAAAGUCUUCAAAUGAGUGUUUGCCGAAAUCCGACCCACACUGUGCCCGGGCUUGUGAGCUCCUGAUGCUCACCAGCGGCUGAAGACAUUGGUCACCAAGUACAUUGUGAGAACUGUUCUUCUAAUUUGUAUUUUGAAAGAUGAAUGUUGUUUUGUUUUGUUCCUUCGCAGUUUUAUUGCACCGUGCCAUUUUGACAAGGUCUGCUGUACCCGUCACAUUCUGUCCGAGCCGAAUGGACCGGCAGUGACCUGUUAGUUGGGUUCACGAGGCCACGCGUCCUUCAGUGUGCCAUCAUUUAGUCUGUGUUCAUUCAGUCAACAUUGAAAUUAAGCUGUGACUUAAAAUACAAUUUAAAAAAAAAAAAAAAAAACUUGACUACACUCGUUUGUUACCACAGUAACUCUUAAGUGAGUAGAUCUGCACUUUUUUUUUUUUUUUUUAUUUUUCUCCCUCUGAGGUCCCCCUUUUUUCUAUGACUAGGUACAGAACAACGGGGUUAGCUUCUGCAACUACAGCUGUAUCGUAUUCCUACAACUCAGACUGUAUCAUAAAGUUCCUCAAUGAAGAAAUAUGGAUCUCGUUGUUUCAAUAAAGCUGU